AUGUAUGGGAAUGCCAAACCCGAAAAUGCCAUUGAUGGGAAUCGUGCCAGCAACUUCAACCAGGGAUCCUGUGCCUGUACAAACAGCAACUUGAAUCCAUGGUGGAGACUUGACCUUUUGAAGACAUAUAAAAUCAACACUGUGACUGUCACCAACAGACAAGACUGUUGCCCUGAGAGGAUCAAUGGAGCUGAGAUCCGCAUUGGAAAUUCACUUAAUGACAAUGGCAAUGCGAAUCCCAGAUGUGCUGUAAUCUCAUCUAUCGCUGCUGGGGCAUCACAAACCUUUGAAUGUAAUGGAAUGGAAGGUCGCUACAUAAACAUCGUUAUUCCUGGGAGAACAGAAUACCUGACACUUUGUGAGGUGGAAGUUGAUGGUACACUUUCAGGUAAAUCUUGUCCAAUUCUUCUUGUUUCUUCUUAUCAUAUUAUUGUUAAUAUUUGCAACUUUUCAGAGACUAAUGUUGCCAGACUUGGACAAGUGGCUCAGUCUUCAACGUAUGGGAAUGCCAAACCCGAAAAUGCCAUUGAUGGGAAUCGUGCCAGCAACUUCAACCAGGGAUCCUGUGCCUGUACAAACAGCAACUUGAAUCCAUGGUGGAGACUUGACCUUUUGAAGACAUAUAAAAUCAACACUGUGACUGUCACCAACAGACAAGACUGUUGCCCUGAGAGGAUCAAUGGAGCUGAGAUCCGCAUUGGAAAUUCACUUAAUGACAAUGGCAAUGCGAAUCCCAGAUGUGCUGUAAUCUCAUCUAUCGCUGCUGGGGCAUCACAAACCUUUGAAUGUAAUGGAAUGGAAGGUCGCUACAUAAACAUCGUUAUUCCUGGGAGAACAGAAUACCUGACACUUUGUGAGGUGGAAGUUGAUGGUACACUUUCAGAGACUAAUGUUGCCAGACUUGGACAAGUGGCUCAGUCUUCAACGUAUGGGAAUGCCAAACCCGAAAAUGCCAUUGAUGGGAAUCGUGCCAGCAACUUCAACCAGGGAUCCUGUGCCUGUACAAACAGCAACUUGAAUCCAUGGUGGAGACUUGACCUUUUGAAGACAUAUAAAAUCAACACUGUGACUGUCACCAACAGACAAGACUGUUGCCCUGAGAGGAUCAAUGGAGCUGAGAUCCGCAUUGGAAAUUCCCUUAAUGACAAUGGCAAUGCGAAUCCCAGAUGUGCUGUAAUCUCGUCUAUCGCUGCUGGGGCAUCACAAACCUUUGCAUGUAAUGGAAUGGAAGGUCGCUACAUAAACAUCGUUAUUCCUGGGAGAACAGAAUACCUGACACUUUGUGAGGUGGAAGUUGAUGGUACACUUUCAGGUAAAUCUUAGACUAAUGUUGCCAGACUUGGACAAGUGGCUCAGUCUUCAACGUAUGGGAAUGCCAAACCCGAAAAUGCCAUUGAUGGGAAUCGUGCCAGCAACUUCAACCAGGGAUCCUGUGCCUGUACAAACAGCAACUUGAAUCCAUGGUGGAGACUUGACCUUUUGAAGACAUAUAAAAUCAACACUGUGACUGUCACCAACAGACAAGACUGUUGCCCUGAGAGGAUCAAUGGAGCUGAGAUCCGCAUUGGAAAUUCCCUUAAUGACAAUGGCAAUGCGAAUCCCAGAUGUGCUGUAAUCUCAUCUAUCGCUGCUGGGGCAUCACAAACCUUUGAAUGUAAUGGAAUGGAAGGUCGCUACAUAAACAUCGUUAUUCCUGGGAGAACAGAAUACCUGACACUUUGUGAGGUGGAAGUUGAUGGUACACUUUCAGAGACUAAUGUUGCCAGACUUGGACAAGUGGCUCAGUCUUCAACGUAUGGGAAUGCCAAACCCGAAAAUGCCAUUGAUGGGAAUCGUGCCAGCAACUUCAACCAGGGAUCCUGUGCCUGUACAAACAGCAACUUGAAUCCAUGGUGGAGACUUGACCUUUUGAAGACAUAUAAAAUCAACACUGUGACUGUCACCAACAGACAAGACUGUUGCCCUGAGAGGAUCAAUGGAGCUGAGAUCCGCAUUGGAAAUUCACUUAAUGACAAUGGCAAUGCGAAUCCCAGAUGUGCUGUAAUCUCGUCUAUCGCUGCUGGGGCAUCACAAACCUUUGCAUGUAAUGGAAUGGAAGGUCGCUACAUAAACAUUGUUAUUCCUGGGAGAACAGAAUACCUGACACUUUGUGAGGUGGAAGUUGAUGGUACACUUUCAGAGACUAAUGUUGCCAGACUUGGACAAGUGGCUCAGUCUUCAACGUAUGAGAAUGCCAAACCCGAAAAUGCCAUUGAUGGGAAUCGUGCCAGCAACUUCAACCAGGGAUCCUGUGCCUGUACAAACAGCAACUUGAAUCCAUGGUGGAGACUUGACCUUUUGAAGACAUAUAAAAUCAACACUGUGACUGUCACCAACAGACAAGACUGUUGCCCUGAGAGGAUCAAUGGAGCUGAGAUCCGCAUUGGAAAUUCCCUUAAUGACAAUGGCAAUGCGAAUCCCAGAUGUGCUGUAAUCUCGUCUAUCGCUGCUGGGGCAUCACAAACCUUUGAAUGUAAUGGAAUGGAAGGUCGCUACAUAAACAUCGUUAUUCCUGGGAGAACAGAAUACCUGACACUUUGUGAGGUGGAAGUUGAUGGUACACUUUCAGAGACUAAUGUUGCCAGACUUGGACAAGUGGCUCAGUCUUCAACGUAUGGGAAUGCCAAACCCGAAAAUGCCAUUGAUGGGAAUCGUGCCAGCAACUUCAACCAGGGAUCCUGUGCCUGUACAAACAGCAACUUGAAUCCAUGGUGGAGACUUGACCUUUUGAAGACAUAUAAAAUCAACACUGUGACUGUCACCAACAGACAAGACUGUUGCCCUGAGAGGAUCAAUGGAGCUGAGAUCCGCAUUGGAAAUUCCCUUAAUGACAAUGGCAAUGCGAAUCCCAGAUGUGCUGUAAUCUCAUCUAUCGCUGCUGGGGCAUCACAAACCUUUGAAUGUAAUGGAAUGGAAGGUCGCUACAUAAACAUCGUUAUUCCUGGGAGAACAGAAUACCUGACACUUUGUGAGGUGGAAGUUGAUGGUACACUUUCAGGUAAAUCUUAGACUAAUGUUGCCAGACUUGGACAAGUGGCUCAGUCUUCAACGUAUGAGAAUGCCAAACCCGAAAAUGCCAUUGAUGGGAAUCGUGCCAGCAACUUCAACCAGGGAUCCUGUGCCUGUACAAACAGCAACUUGAAUCCAUGGUGGAGACUUGACCUUUUGAAGACAUAUAAAAUCAACACUGUGACUGUCACCAACAGACAAGACUGUUGCCCUGAGAGGAUCAAUGGAGCUGAGAUCCGCAUUGGAAAUUCCCUUAAUGACAAUGGCAAUGCGAAUCCCAGAUGUGCUGUAAUCUCGUCUAUCGCUGCUGGGGCAUCACAAACCUUUGAAUGUAAUGGAAUGGAAGGUCGCUACAUAAACAUCGUUAUUCCUGGGAGAACAGAAUACCUGACACUUUGUGAGGUGGAAGUUGAUGGUACACUUUCAGGUAAAUCUUGUCCAAUUCUCCUCGUUUCUUCUUAUCAUAUUAUUGUUAAUAUUUGCAACUUUUCAGAGACUAAUGUUGCCAGACUUGGACAAGUGGCUCAGUCUUCAACGUAUGGGAAUGCCAAACCCGAAAAUGCCAUUGAUGGGAAUCGUGCCAGCAACUUCAACCAGGGAUCCUGUGCCUGUACAAACAGCAACUUGAAUCCAUGGUGGAGACUUGACCUUUUGAAGACAUAUAAAAUCAACACUGUGACUGUCACCAACAGACAAGACUGUUGCCCUGAGAGGAUCAAUGGAGCUGAGAUCCGCAUUGGAAAUUCCCUUAAUGACAAUGGCAAUGCGAAUCCCAGAUGUGCUGUAAUCUCGGCUAUCGCUGCUGGGGCAUCACAAACCUUUGCAUGUAAUGGAAUGGAAGGUCGCUACAUAAACAUCGUUAUUCCUGGGAGAACAGAAUACCUGACACUUUGUGAGGUGGAAGUUGAUGGUACACUUUCAGGUAAAUCUUGUCCAAUUCUCCUUGUUUCUUCUUAUCAUAUUAUUGUUAAUAUUUACAACUUUUCAGAGACUAAUGUUGCCAGACUUGGACAAGUGGCUCAGUCUUCAACGUAUGGGAAUGCCAAACCCGAAAAUGCCAUUGAUGGGAAUCGUGCCAGCAACUUCAACCAGGGAUCCUGUGCCUGUACAAACAGCAACUUGAAUCCAUGGUGGAGACUUGACCUUUUGAAGACAUAUAAAAUCAACACUGUGACUGUCACCAACAGACAAGACUGUUGCCCUGAGAGGAUCAAUGGAGCUGAGAUCCGCAUUGGAAAUUCACUUAAUGACAAUGGCAAUGCGAAUCCCAGAUGUGCUGUAAUCUCGUCUAUCGCUGCUGGGGCAUCACAAACCUUUGCAUGUAAUGGAAUGGAAGGUCACUACAUAAACAUUGUUAUUCCUGGGAGAACAGAAUACCUGACACUUUGUGAGGUGGAAGUUGAUGGUACACUUUCAGAGACUAAUGUUGCCAGACUUGGACAAGUGGCUCAGUCUUCAACGUAUGAGAAUGCCAAACCCGAAAAUGCCAUUGAUGGGAAUCGUGCCAGCAACUUCAACCAGGGAUCCUGUGCCUGUACAAACAGCAACUUGAAUCCAUGGUGGAGACUUGACCUUUUGAAGACAUAUAAAAUCAACACUGUGACUGUCACCAACAGACAAGACUGUUGCCCUGAGAGGAUCAAUGGAGCUGAGAUCCGCAUUGGAAAUUCCCUUAAUGACAAUGGCAAUGCGAAUCCCAGAUGUGCUGUAAUCUCAUCUAUCGCUGCUGGGGCAUCACAAACCUUUGAAUGUAAUGGAAUGGAAGGUCGCUACAUAAACAUCGUUAUUCCUGGGAGAACAGAAUACCUGACACUUUGUGAGGUGGAAGUUGAUGGUACACUUUCAGAGACUAAUGUUGCCAGACUUGGACAAGUGGCUCAGUCUUCAACGUAUGGGAAUGCCAAACCCGAAAAUGCCAUUGAUGGGAAUCGUGCCAGCAACUUCAACCAGGGAUCCUGUGCCUGUACAAACAGCAACUUGAAUCCAUGGUGGAGACUUGACCUUUUGAAGACAUAUAAAAUCAACACUGUGACUGUCACCAACAGACAAGACUGUUGCCCUGAGAGGAUCAAUGGAGCUGAGAUCCGCAUUGGAAAUUCCCUUAAUGACAAUGGCAAUGCGAAUCCCAGAUGUUCUGUAAUCUCGUCUAUCGCUGCUGGGGCAUCACAAACCUUUGCAUGUAAUGGAAUGGAAGGUCGCUACAUAAACAUCGUUAUUCCUGGGAGAACAGAAUACCUGACACUUUGUGAGGUGGAAGUUGAUGGUACACUUUCAGGUAAAUCUUGUCCAAUUCUCCUCGUUUCUUCUUAUCAUAUUAUUGUUAAUAUUUGCAACUUUUCAGAGACUAAUGUUGCCAGACUUGGACAAGUGGCUCAGUCUUCAACGUAUGGGAAUGCCAAACCCGAAAAUGCCAUUGAUGGGAAUCGUGCCAGCAACUUCAACCAGGGAUCCUGUGCCUGUACAAACAGCAACUUGAAUCCAUGGUGGAGACUUGACCUUUUGAAGACAUAUAAAAUCAACACUGUGACUGUCACCAACAGACAAGACUGUUGCCCUGAGAGGAUCAAUGGAGCUGAGAUCCGCAUUGGAAAUUCCCUUAAUGACAAUGGCAAUGCGAAUCCCAGAUGUGCUGUAAUCUCGGCUAUCGCUGCUGGGGCAUCACAAACCUUUGCAUGUAAUGGAAUGGAAGGUCGCUACAUAAACAUCGUUAUUCCUGGGAGAACAGAAUACCUGACACUUUGUGAGGUGGAAGUUGAUGGUACACUUUCAGGUAAAUCUUGUCCAAUUCUCCUUGUUUCUUCUUAUCAUAUUAUUGUUAAUAUUUACAACUUUUCAGAGACUAAUGUUGCCAGACUUGGACAAGUGGCUCAGUCUUCAACGUAUGGGAAUGCCAAACCCGAAAAUGCCAUUGAUGGGAAUCGUGCCAGCAACUUCAACCAGGGAUCCUGUGCCUGUACAAACAGCAACUUGAAUCCAUGGUGGAGACUUGACCUUUUGAAGACAUAUAAAAUCAACACUGUGACUGUCACCAACAGACAAGACUGUUGCCCUGAGAGGAUCAAUGGAGCUGAGAUCCGCAUUGGAAAUUCACUUAAUGACAAUGGCAAUGCGAAUCCCAGAUGUGCUGUAAUCUCGUCUAUCGCUGCUGGGGCAUCACAAACCUUUGCAUGUAAUGGAAUGGAAGGUCACUACAUAAACAUUGUUAUUCCUGGGAGAACAGAAUACCUGACACUUUGUGAGGUGGAAGUUGAUGGUACACUUUCAGAGACUAAUGUUGCCAGACUUGGACAAGUGGCUCAGUCUUCAACGUAUGAGAAUGCCAAACCCGAAAAUGCCAUUGAUGGGAAUCGUGCCAGCAACUUCAACCAGGGAUCCUGUGCCUGUACAAACAGCAACUUGAAUCCAUGGUGGAGACUUGACCUUUUGAAGACAUAUAAAAUCAACACUGUGACUGUCACCAACAGACAAGACUGUUGCCCUGAGAGGAUCAAUGGAGCUGAGAUCCGCAUUGGAAAUUCCCUUAAUGACAAUGGCAAUGCGAAUCCCAGAUGUGCUGUAAUCUCGUCUAUCGCUGCUGGGGCAUCACAAACCUUUGAAUGUAAUGGAAUGGAAGGUCGCUACAUAAACAUCGUUAUUCCUGGGAGAACAGAAUACCUGACACUUUGUGAGGUGGAAGUUGAUGGUACACUUUCAGAGACUAAUGUUGCCAGACUUGGACAAGUGGCUCAGUCUUCAACGUAUGGGAAUGCCAAACCCGAAAAUGCCAUUGAUGGGAAUCGUGCCAGCAACUUCAACCAGGGAUCCUGUGCCUGUACAAACAGCAACUUGAAUCCAUGGUGGAGACUUGACCUUUUGAAGACAUAUAAAAUCAACACUGUGACUGUCACCAACAGACAAGACUGUUGCCCUGAGAGGAUCAAUGGAGCUGAGAUCCGCAUUGGAAAUUCCCUUAAUGACAAUGGCAAUGCGAAUCCCAGAUGUGCUGUAAUCUCGUCUAUCGCUGCUGGGGCAUCACAAACCUUUGCAUGUAAUGGAAUGGAAGGUCACUACAUAAACAUUGUUAUUCCUGGGAGAACAGAAUACCUGACACUUUGUGAGGUGGAAGUUGAUGGUACACUUUCAGGUAAAUCUUGUCCAAUUCUUCUUGUUUCUUCUUAUCAUAUUAUUGUUAAUAUUUGCAACUUUUCAGAGACUAAUGUUGCCAGACUUGGACAAGUGGCUCAGUCUUCAACGUAUGAGAAUGCCAAACCCGAAAAUGCCAUUGAUGGGAAUCGUGCCAGCAACUUCAACCAGGGAUCCUGUGCCUGUACAAACAGCAACUUGAAUCCAUGGUGGAGACUUGACCUUUUGAAGACAUAUAAAAUCAACACUGUGACUGUCACCAACAGACAAGACUGUUGCCCUGAGAGGAUCAAUGGAGCUGAGAUCCGCAUUGGAAAUUCCCUUAAUGACAAUGGCAAUGCGAAUCCCAGAUGUGCUGUAAUCUCAUCUAUCGCUGCUGGGGCAUCACAAACCUUUGAAUGUAAUGGAAUGGAAGGUCGCUACAUAAACAUCGUUAUUCCUGGGAGAACAGAAUACCUGACACUUUGUGAGGUGGAAGUUGAUGGUACACUUUCAGGUAAAUCUUGUCCAAUUCUCCUCGUUUCUUCUUAUCAUAUUAUUGUUAAUAUUUGCAACUUUUCAGAGACUAAUGUUGCCAGACUUGGACAAGUGGCUCAGUCUUCAACGUAUGGGAAUGCCAAACCCGAAAAUGCCAUUGAUGGGAAUCGUGCCAGCAACUUCAACCAGGGAUCCUGUGCCUGUACAAACAGCAACUUGAAUCCAUGGUGGAGACUUGACCUUUUGAAGACAUAUAAAAUCAACACUGUGACUGUCACCAACAGACAAGACUGUUGCCCUGAGAGGAUCAAUGGAGCUGAGAUCCGCAUUGGAAAUUCCCUUAAUGACAAUGGCAAUGCGAAUCCCAGAUGUGCUGUAAUCUCGGCUAUCGCUGCUGGGGCAUCACAAACCUUUGCAUGUAAUGGAAUGGAAGGUCGCUACAUAAACAUCGUUAUUCCUGGGAGAACAGAAUACCUGACACUUUGUGAGGUGGAAGUUGAUGGUACACUUUCAGAGACUAAUGUUGCCAGACUUGGACAAGUGGCUCAGUCUUCAACGUAUGGGAAUGCCAAACCCGAAAAUGCCAUUGAUGGGAAUCGUGCCAGCAACUUCAACCAGGGAUCCUGUGCCUGUACAAACAGCAACUUGAAUCCAUGGUGGAGACUUGACCUUUUGAAGACAUAUAAAAUCAACACUGUGACUGUCACCAACAGACAAGACUGUUGCCCUGAGAGGAUCAAUGGAGCUGAGAUCCGCAUUGGAAAUUCACUUAAUGACAAUGGCAAUGCGAAUCCCAGAUGUGCUGUAAUCUCGUCUAUCGCUGCUGGGGCAUCACAAACCUUUGCAUGUAAUGGAAUGGAAGGUCACUACAUAAACAUUGUUAUUCCUGGGAGAACAGAAUACCUGACACUUUGUGAGGUGGAAGUUGAUGGUACACUUUCAGAGACUAAUGUUGCCAGACUUGGACAAGUGGCUCAGUCUUCAACGUAUGAGAAUGCCAAACCCGAAAAUGCCAUUGAUGGGAAUCGUGCCAGCAACUUCAACCAGGGAUCCUGUGCCUGUACAAACAGCAACUUGAAUCCAUGGUGGAGACUUGACCUUUUGAAGACAUAUAAAAUCAACACUGUGACUGUCACCAACAGACAAGACUGUUGCCCUGAGAGGAUCAAUGGAGCUGAGAUCCGCAUUGGAAAUUCCCUUAAUGACAAUGGCAAUGCGAAUCCCAGAUGUGCUGUAAUCUCGUCUAUCGCUGCUGGGGCAUCACAAACCUUUGAAUGUAAUGGAAUGGAAGGUCGCUACAUAAACAUCGUUAUUCCUGGGAGAACAGAAUACCUGACACUUUGUGAGGUGGAAGUUGAUGGUACACUUUCAGGUAAAUCUUGUCCAAUUCUCCUCGUUUCUUCUUAUCAUAUUAUUGUUAAUAUUUGCAACUUUUCAGAGACUAAUGUUGCCAGACUUGGACAAGUGGCUCAGUCUUCAACGUAUGGGAAUGCCAAACCCGAAAAUGCCAUUGAUGGGAAUCGUGCCAGCAACUUCAACCAGGGAUCCUGUGCCUGUACAAACAGCAACUUGAAUCCAUGGUGGAGACUUGACCUUUUGAAGACAUAUAAAAUCAACACUGUGACUGUCACCAACAGACAAGACUGUUGCCCUGAGAGGAUCAAUGGAGCUGAGAUCCGCAUUGGAAAUUCCCUUAAUGACAAUGGCAAUGCGAAUCCCAGAUGUGCUGUAAUCUCGUCUAUCGCUGCUGGGGCAUCACAAACCUUUGCAUGUAAUGGAAUGGAAGGUCACUACAUAAACAUUGUUAUUCCUGGGAGAACAGAAUACCUGACACUUUGUGAGGUGGAAGUUGAUGGUACACUUUCAGGUAAAUCUUGUCCAAUUCUUCUUGUUUCUUCUUAUCAUAUUAUUGUUAAUAUUUGCAACUUUUCAGAGACUAAUGUUGCCAGACUUGGACAAGUGGCUCAGUCUUCAACGUAUGAGAAUGCCAAACCCGAAAAUGCCAUUGAUGGGAAUCGUGCCAGCAACUUCAACCAGGGAUCCUGUGCCUGUACAAACAGCAACUUGAAUCCAUGGUGGAGACUUGACCUUUUGAAGACAUAUAAAAUCAACACUGUGACUGUCACCAACAGACAAGACUGUUGCCCUGAGAGGAUCAAUGGAGCUGAGAUCCGCAUUGGAAAUUCCCUUAAUGACAAUGGCAAUGCGAAUCCCAGAUGUGCUGUAAUCUCGUCUAUCGCUGCUGGGGCAUCACAAACCUUUGAAUGUAAUGGAAUGGAAGGUCGCUACAUAAACAUCGUUAUUCCUGGGAGAACAGAAUACCUGACACUUUGUGAGGUGGAAGUUGAUGGUACACUUUCAGAGACUAAUGUUGCCAGACUUGGACAAGUGGCUCAGUCUUCAACGUAUGGGAAUGCCAAACCCGAAAAUGCCAUUGAUGGGAAUCGUGCCAGCAACUUCAACCAGGGAUCCUGUGCCUGUACAAACAGCAACUUGAAUCCAUGGUGGAGACUUGACCUUUUGAAGACAUAUAAAAUCAACACUGUGACUGUCACCAACAGACAAGACUGUUGCCCUGAGAGGAUCAAUGGAGCUGAGAUCCGCAUUGGAAAUUCCCUUAAUGACAAUGGCAAUGCGAAUCCCAGAUGUUCUGUAAUCUCGUCUAUCGCUGCUGGGGCAUCACAAACCUUUGCAUGUAAUGGAAUGGAAGGUCGCUACAUAAACAUCGUUAUUCCUGGGAGAACAGAAUACCUGACACUUUGUGAGGUGGAAGUUGAUGGUACACUUUCAGAGACUAAUGUUGCCAGACUUGGACAAGUGGCUCAGUCUUCAACGUAUGGGAAUGCCAAACCCGAAAAUGCCAUUGAUGGGAAUCGUGCCAGCAACUUCAACCAGGGAUCCUGUGCCUGUACAAACAGCAACUUGAAUCCAUGGUGGAGACUUGACCUUUUGAAGACAUAUAAAAUCAACACUGUGACUGUCACCAACAGACAAGACUGUUGCCCUGAGAGGAUCAAUGGAGCUGAGAUCCGCAUUGGAAAUUCCCUUAAUGACAAUGGCAAUGCGAAUCCCAGAUGUGCUGUAAUCUCGGCUAUCGCUGCUGGGGCAUCACAAAACUUUGCAUGUAAUGGAAUGGAAGGUCGCUACAUAAACAUCGUUAUUCCUGGGAGAACAGAAUACCUGACACUUUGUGAGGUGGAAGUUGAUGGUACACUUUCAGGUAAAUCUUGUCCAAUUCUCCUUGUUUCUUCUUAUCAUAUUAUUGUUAAUAUUUACAACUUUUCAGAGACUAAUGUUGCCAGACUUGGACAAGUGGCUCAGUCUUCAACGUAUGGGAAUGCCAAACCCGAAAAUGCCAUUGAUGGGAAUCGUGCCAGCAACUUCAACCAGGGAUCCUGUGCCUGUACAAACAGCAACUUGAAUCCAUGGUGGAGACUUGACCUUUUGAAGACAUAUAAAAUCAACACUGUGACUGUCACCAACAGACAAGACUGUUGCCCUGAGAGGAUCAAUGGAGCUGAGAUCCGCAUUGGAAAUUCACUUAAUGACAAUGGCAAUGCGAAUCCCAGAUGUGCUGUAAUCUCGUCUAUCGCUGCUGGGGCAUCACAAACCUUUGCAUGUAAUGGAAUGGAAGGUCACUACAUAAACAUUGUUAUUCCUGGGAGAACAGAAUACCUGACACUUUGUGAGGUGGAAGUUGAUGGUACACUUUCAGGUAAAUCUUGUCCAAUUCUUCUUGUUUCUUCUUAUCAUAUUAUUGUUAAUAUUUGCAACUUUUCAGAGACUAAUGUUGCCAGACUUGGACAAGUGGCUCAGUCUUCAACGUAUGAGAAUGCCAAACCCGAAAAUGCCAUUGAUGGGAAUCGUGCCAGCAACUUCAACCAGGGAUCCUGUGCCUGUACAAACAGCAACUUGAAUCCAUGGUGGAGACUUGACCUUUUGAAGACAUAUAAAAUCAACACUGUGACUGUCACCAACAGACAAGACUGUUGCCCUGAGAGGAUCAAUGGAGCUGAGAUCCGCAUUGGAAAUUCCCUUAAUGACAAUGGCAAUGCGAAUCCCAGAUGUGCUGUAAUCUCGUCUAUCGCUGCUGGGGCAUCACAAACCUUUGCAUGUAAUGGAAUGGAAGGUCGCUACAUAAACAUCGUUAUUCCUGGGAGAACAGAAUACCUGACACUUUGUGAGGUGGAAGUUGAUGGUACACUUUCAGAGACUAAUGUUGCCAGACUUGGACAAGUGGCUCAGUCUUCAACGUAUGGGAAUGCCAAACCCGAAAAUGCCAUUGAUGGGAAUCGUGCCAGCAACUUCAACCAGGGAUCCUGUGCCUGUACAAACAGCAACUUGAAUCCAUGGUGGAGACUUGACCUUUUGAAGACAUAUAAAAUCAACACUGUGACUAUCACCAACAGACAAGACUGUUGCCCUGAGAGGAUCAAUGGAGCUGAGAUCCGCAUUGGAAAUUCCCUUAAUGACAAUGGCAAUGCGAAUCCCAGAUGUGCUGUAAUCUCGUCUAUCGCUGCUGGGGCAUCACAAACCUUUGCAUGUAAUGGAAUGGAAGGUCGCUACAUAAACAUCGUUAUUCCUGGGAGAACAGAAUACCUGACACUUUGUGAGGUGGAAGUUGAUGGUACACUUUCAGAGACUAAUGUUGCCAGACUUGGACAAGUGGCUCAGUCUUCAACGUAUGGGAAUGCCAAACCCGAAAAUGCCAUUGAUGGGAAUCGUGCCAGCAACUUCAACCAGGGAUCCUGUGCCUGUACAAACAGCAACUUGAAUCCAUGGUGGAGACUUGACCUUUUGAAGACAUAUAAAAUCAACACUGUGACUGUCACCAACAGACAAGACUGUUGCCCUGAGAGGAUCAAUGGAGCUGAGAUCCGCAUUGGAAAUUCACUUAAUGACAAUGGCAAUGCGAAUCCCAGAUGUGCUGUAAUCUCAUCUAUCGCUGCUGGGGCAUCACAAACCUUUGAAUGUAAUGGAAUGGAAGGUCGCUACAUAAACAUUGUUAUUCCUGGGAGAACAGAAUACCUGACACUUUGUGAGGUGGAAGUUGAUGGUACACUUUCAGGUAAAUCUUGUCCAAUUCUUCUUGUUUCUUCUUAUCAUAUUAUUGUUAAUAUUUGCAACUUUUCAGAGACUAAUGUUGCCAGACUUGGACAAGUGGCUCAGUCUUCAACGUAUGAGAAUGCCAAACCCGAAAAUGCCAUUGAUGGGAAUCGUGCCAGCAACUUCAACCAGGGAUCCUGUGCCUGUACAAACAGCAACUUGAAUCCAUGGUGGAGACUUGACCUUUUGAAGACAUAUAAAAUCAACACUGUGACUGUCACCAACAGACAAGACUGUUGCCCUGAGAGGAUCAAUGGAGCUGAGAUCCGCAUUGGAAAUUCCCUUAAUGACAAUGGCAAUGCGAAUCCCAGAUGUGCUGUAAUCUCGUCUAUCGCUGCUGGGGCAUCACAAACCUUUGCAUGUAAUGGAAUGGAAGGUCGCUACAUAAACAUCGUUAUUCCUGGGAGAACAGAAUACCUGACACUUUGUGAGGUGGAAGUUGAUGGUACACUUUCAGGUAAAUCUUGUCCAAUUCUCCUCGUUUCUUCUUAUCAUAUUAUUGUUAAUAUUUGCAACUUUUCAGAGACUAAUGUUGCCAGACUUGGACAAGUGGCUCAGUCUUCAACGUAUGGGAAUGCCAAACCCGAAAAUGCCAUUGAUGGGAAUCGUGCCAGCAACUUCAACCAGGGAUCCUGUGCCUGUACAAACAGCAACUUGAAUCCAUGGUGGAGACUUGACCUUUUGAAGACAUAUAAAAUCAACACUGUGACUGUCACCAACAGACAAGACUGUUGCCCUGAGAGGAUCAAUGGAGCUGAGAUCCGCAUUGGAAAUUCACUUAAUGACAAUGGCAAUGCGAAUCCCAGAUGUGCUGUAAUCUCGUCUAUCGCUGCUGGGGCAUCACAAACCUUUGCAUGUAAUGGAAUGGAAGGUCGCUACAUAAACAUCGUUAUUCCUGGGAGAACAGAAUACCUGACACUUUGUGAGGUGGAAGUUGAUGGUACACUUUCAGAGACUAAUGUUGCCAGACUUGGACAAGUGGCUCAGUCUUCAACGUAUGGGAAUGCCAAACCCGAAAAUGCCAUUGAUGGGAAUCGUGCCAGCAACUUCAACCAGGGAUCCUGUGCCUGUACAAACAGCAACUUGAAUCCAUGGUGGAGACUUGACCUUUUGAAGACAUAUAAAAUCAACACUGUGACUGUCACCAACAGACAAGACUGUUGCCCUGAGAGGAUCAAUGGAGCUGAGAUCCGCAUUGGAAAUUCCCUUAAUGACAAUGGCAAUGCGAAUCCCAGAUGUGCUGUAAUCUCGUCUAUCGCUGCUGGGGCAUCACAAACCUUUGCAUGUAAUGGAAUGGAAGGUCGCUACAUAAACAUCGUUAUUCCUGGGAGAACAGAAUACCUGACACUUUGUGAGGUGGAAGUUGAUGGUAUACAACUCGAUUCCUACAAAGAAUCUGAGUGUAACUGGGUCUAA